AUUUCUAUAGAAUAUUUGAAGUAGACAUAUGCAAAAUCCCGACAGAUAACUCUGAAAUUAACUCAUUUCCAUUUUUAAUUCGUUCAGUAGUCACGUGGGCAAUGUUAGUAGGAAAUUCUGACAAAGAGUUUCAACAUUUUCGCAAAUCAAAGAGAAGUUCUAGAGCAAGUAGCGUACACAAUCUACGAAUUAUCGCACAAUACUUGAAAGACCGGGAACUAAAAAAGAGCUGA